AUGAGCACCACAGCCGCCAGCAAGCCGCAGGUGAACGACUUGACUCAUUUGGACUAUGAAGCCAUUCAUUAUUUCGAAAAAGCGAUUGAGAAAGAGGCCCAGGGGUUGAUGUCGGACGCAGUUGAAAACUACCGAAAGGCAUUCAAAUUGAACGAGCGAGUCGACACCUUGUACCGGUCGUGGAAGGUGCCGACGACGAUAAAGAAGCUUACGAAUGAGCGGGGCAAGAAUGUCAUGACUAGAGUUGACGAGAAGGUGGUGGCCAAGAUCAACGUCAAGUCGUUGAUUGCAAGUUUUGAGCACAUCGAUGCGGAAGCGCAGUGCCAGCUGGAGGGACCAAAAGACAAGUCAGACGUGGCAAGCUCAGUUGCAGUCCUGGUCUCGCCGUUGGUGCGAUUGCCAAACGACAUAUGGCUCUACAUUUUGGAGAUACUCGUCAUCUCCAGCCCCGAGUCGUGGUUCCAAAUGGCAAUCACGUGCAAGAAAUUCGCCUACCUCGGGCUAGGCACGAGUUCCAUCUGGAGGAUCCUUUGCCAACUAGUGUAUUCCAAGCAGGUGUACGAGGAAAACCAAGGCCGGUUCGAAUUGGCGAUCCCCCUCGACCAAACCGAAAUCGUGCCGCAAUACGGCGGUUGGCGCAACAUGCUACUACAACGGCCCUUUGUCAAAUUCCACGGCUGCUACAUCAGCGUGGUCAACUACUACAGCGAGGGCGCACGAGGCGAGUCCUCGCUAUCCUGGACAAACCCCGUGCGAACCAUCACCUAUUACCGAUAUUUGAGAUUCUACCCCGACGGCACCGUGUUGAAAGUGCUCUCAAUCAUGCCUCCAAACCAGGUAGUAUCCCACCUCCAACGGGACUCGCGAACGAUACCCUAUGAAGACAAAUCGGAGAAGGAGAAGGAAAGCCACAAGAUCUACAGGGGGAAAUGGACAAUAUCUUCAACGGGAGAAGUCCACAUCCGCAUCGACAACGGCUCCGUCCUGUACUUGAUCUUCCACUACUACUUGCACGUCAAGUCCGCAGGCAUACACAAGCACGGGAAAUUGAACUGGAACAAGUACUUUGCCGUGAGAAAGGAAACUCCCGAUGAUGACCGAUCUGGUGAAAUGUUGGACUAUUCAAUCAGGAACGAGAAACCGUUCAAGUUCCUGCGAGUGAAAAGCUACACCGUAUAA